UAUGUCUGGCGAAGACACUCAGAAUAGGUUGGAGGCAAUCAAACAGUAUCUUGCUACUUCAUCUUCUUCUCGGACUUCGCGGACUAUUACUGAUAAUCCACUCUUUCAACGUCUUGCUCAUCAAGUGGAUCCUGUGAAAGUGCCCUUAUUGUCUCACGACUCAGAUUCAGACGAUUCUAUUACAUCUUACAGAGAUAUGGCACAAAAUAGGACGUUGAAAGAGUUGGCUGCGCCAGAUAUUGAUCAACAACCGCUUUGCAUUCAAUAUGCACCUCUUGAUGUGAAUUUUGAGCUUAAGUCGGGCCUCAUUCAUCUAUUGCCAUCGUUCCAUGGGCUGCCUGGUGAGGAUCCGAAUAAUCACCUCAAGGAGUUCCAUAUUGUAUGCUCCAGUAUGAAGCCAGCCUCAGUGACAGAAGAACAGAUAAAACUCCGAGCUUUUCCUUUCUCUCUAAAGGAUUCAGCAAAGGAGUGGCUGUAUUAUCUCCCCCCUGGUACUGUGGAGACCUGGAACACUAUGAAGACCUUGUUUUUGGAGCGGUAUUUUCCAGCGUCUAAAGUGGGGAGUAUAAGGAAAGAAAUUUGUGGCAUCAGGCAGGCUGUGGGAGAAUCACUCUAUGAUUACUGGGAGCGCUUUAAGCGGUUGUGUGCUAGUUGUCCUCACCAUCAGAUCAGUGAGCAACUAUUGAUUCAAUAUUUCUAUGAGGGAUUACUGCCGUUGGACAGAAGUAUGAUUGAUGCAGCCAGUGGAGGGGCACUAGUGGACAAGACUCCUGCAGCAGCCAGGAGCUUGAUUUCUAAUAUGGCAGCUAAUUCCCAACAGUUUGGCACUCGCCAGGAGCAUAUGUCAUCUUCAAGAAAGGUUAACGAGGUGCAAACUACUGUUGAUAAUCAACUUGGUCAACAGAUAGCUCAACUGACUUCAGUGGUACAACAAUUAGCUUUGGGCCAACAGGUGCGGCCAUGUGGAAUCUGUCAAGUAGUGGGGCACCCUACUGAUACGUGCCCCAUUCUAGUAGAGGGAGAAACUGCGGGUGUUAACGCUGUAGGAAAUUUUCCUGGUCAAUUACGUCAGAUGUAUUAUGAACCAUUUUCACAAACCUAUAAUCCUGGCUGGCGUGAUCAUCCAAACCUUCGAUAUGGGAAUCAACAACAACUAGCUCCACAACCAACAGCAGCAAGACCACCUGGGUUCACUACACAACAGAGGUCUCAAAAUAAUUAUGCACCUAGACCAUCACAACCACCGCAGGCUGCUCCACCACCAAAUGCUAAACCUUCUACUGAGGAUUUAAUCAAUGCUCUUGCCACAAAUACUCUUCAAUUUCAGCAAACCACCCAAGCUUCCAUCAAGAGUUUGGAGAAUCAGGUGGGACAAUUAGCGGCAUCAUAUAACCGGUUGGAGGCUCAUCUGUCAAAUAAAUUGCCUUCACAACCUGAGAUGAAUCCCAAAGAGAAUGCUAGUGCAGUAACUUUGCGUAGUGGGACGCAAUAUGAUCCACCUAAUCCUCCAGUGCCCAGUACAUUGUCAUCCAAGCCACAAGUCGAUUGCUCAGUCAAUGAUGAUGUUCCACCAAAGCCAACCACCCCUACACAACUCAGGCCUAAGCCUACUAUUGUCAUUCCACCUCCAUUCCCAAGCAGACUGAAAAAGACAAAAAAGGAAGAGGUUGACAAGGAGAUUCUUGAUACAUUCCGAAAGGUAGAAGUGAAUAUUCCUCUUCUUGACGCUAUUAAACAAGUGCCGCGCUAUGCCAAGUUCCUGAAAGAGUUGUGCACUAAUAAGCGUAAGUUGAGGGGUAAUGAAAAAGUUAGUGUGGGGGAGAAUGUUUCCGCAGUUCUACAAAAGAAGCUUCCACCAAAGUGUAAGGAUCCUGGUACUUUUACUAUCCCUUGCACUAUUGGGAAUAAAAGAAUUGAGCGGUGUAUGUUGGAUUUGGGAGCCUCUAUCAAUGUCAUGCCAUUCUCCAUUUAUGCUUCAUUGAAUCUCGGUCCACUUGAAGAAACGGGGGUGAUUAUUCAACUUGCUGAUAGGUCGAAUGCUUAUCCCAGGGGUGUAAUAGAAGAUGUUUUAGUUCAAGUUAAUGAAUUGGUGUUUCCGGCUGAUUUUUAUGUUCUUGAUAUGGAAGAUGAAUCUAUUCCAUGCUCCACUCCAAUUUUGUUGGGAAGGCCAUUCAUGAAAACUGCGAGAACUAAAAUUGAUGUGCAUGACGGUACGUUGACCAUGGAAUUUGAUGGGGAAACUAUUCGAUUUAAUAUUUUUGAGGCUAUGAGAUAUCCAAGUGAUGUGCACGCUGUUUACUCUAUUGAUGUGUUGGAUAGUCUUUCUCAACGAGUUUUAGAUUUGCAUAGUGAAGAUGAUUUGGAGGUUGUGUUGAGGGAGCAUCUUGUGUUGACCGAUGAAGAUUUGUCUCAUGAGAUCAUGGAUGUCAUAACCACACUCAAUAGUGGUUUUGACAAGACUUUUAAGAAGGUUGCAUUUCUUGAUUUGCCGAUUUCUAAUGAUAAAUUGCAGCCAUCAAUUAUUCAAGCUCCUACACUUGAAUUGAAGCCUCUUCCGGAGCAUCUCAAAUAUGUUUACUUGGGGAAGAACGAGACACUUCCUGUUAUAAUUGCAAGAAAUCUUAACCAAGGCCAAGAAGACAAAUUAAUGAGAGUACUCCGAGAGUAUAAAACAGCCAUUGGUUGGUCUAUAGCGGAUAUUAAGGGGAUUAGCCCUUCCAUGUGCAUGCACCGAAUCUUACUUGAAGAAGGGUUUAAGCCAACACGUGAGGCGCAACGGAGAUUAAACCCACCAAUGAUGGAAGUUGUGAAGAAGGAGAUUCUGAAGCUCCUUAGUGUGGGUGUGAUUUACCCAAUCUCUGACAGUAAAUGGGUGAGUCCAGUUCAAGUGGUACCCAAGAAGUCUGGCAUUACUGUGGUGAAGAAUAAUGAGAAUGAGUUGGUUCCAACUCGAGUUCAAACAGGGUGGCGGGUGUGUAUUGAUUACCGCAAGCUAAAUUCGACAACUCGAAAGGAUCACUUCCCCCUACCAUUCAUUGAUCAGAUGCUCGAGAGAUUGGCUGGCCACCCCUAUUACUGUUUCUUAGAUGGUUAUUCGGGGUAUAAUCAGAUUGUCAUAGCCCCAGAAGAUCAGGAGAAGACGACUUUCACAUGUCCCUUUGGCACAUUUGCUUUUCGGAGAAUGCCAUUCGGUUUAUGCAACGCUCCUGCUACAUUUCAGAGAUGUAUGGUUAGUAUCUUUUCAGAUUACAUUGAGAGCAUUAUUGAGGUAUUCAUGGAUGAUUUCAGUGUAUAUGGCGAUUCAUUUGAUAAAUGCUUGCAUAAUCUUACUUUGGUUCUCAAACGCUGCAUUGAGACCAAUCUAGUUUUGAAUUGGGAGAAAUGCCAUUUUAUGGUACAGCAGGGGAUUGUUUUGGGACAUGUUAUCUCAGAAAAAGGAAUUGAAGUGGACAAGGCCAAAGUUGAUCUCAUUCGGUCUUUACCACCUCCAUCUAGUGUCAAGGAAAUACGGUCGUUUCUUGGUCAUGCGGGUUUCUAUCGACGAUUUAUAAAGGACUUCUCUAAAAUCUCUACGCCACUGUGCAAGCUCCUCCAAAAAGAUGUUAAGUUUGAGUUUGAUGAGAAGUGUCUACUGGCCUUUAAUAUAUUGAAAGAAUCUUUGACUACAGCUCCUAUUAUCCAGCCACCGAAUUGGGAGUUGCCUUUUGAGCUUAUGUGUGACGCUAGUGAUUAUGCAGUGGGUGCAGUCCUAGGGCAGCGGGUUGGUAAGCUUCCUCAUGUGAUUUACUAUGCUUCUAGAACUCUAAAUGAUGCACAGUUAAAUUACUCUACCACUGAGAAGGAACUAUUGGCGGUUAUCUAUGCUUUGGAGAAGUUCCGUUCUUAUUUGAUUGGGACGAAAGUAAUCAUAUAUACCGACCAUGCUGCUCUUAAAUAUUUGCUAGCAAAGAAGGAGGCAAAACCAAGACUUAUUCGGUGGAUUUUAUUGUUACAAGAGUUUGACUUGGAGAUAAAAGAUAAAAGCGGCUCAGAAAAUCUAGUGGCUGAUCACUUGAGUCGGUUGAUUCGGGAGGAGGAGUUCUUACCAUUGCAUGAGCGGUUUCCAGAUGAGCAACUCCUUGCCAUGCAAGAAGUUAUUCCUUGGUAUGCCGACAUUGUAAACUACCUUGCUUCAAAGGAGUUACCAAGUGAUCUCACACAAGCACAACGGAACAAGAUUAAGCAUGAUGCUCGCCACUAUAUAUGGGAUGAACCUUAUCUUUGGAAGUAUUGUACUGAUCAAAUCAUUCGUAGAUGUGUACCGGAAUCUGAAUUUCGUUCCAUCCUUGCUUUUUGUCAUGCUUAUGCUUGUGGUGGACACUUUGGACCUAAGAGGACAGCUCGUAAGAUAUUUGACAGCGGUUUCUAUUGGCCCACAAUUUUCAAAGAUGCUUAUGCUUAUUGUAAGGCAUGUGAUCGUUGUCAACGAGUGGGUAACAUAACGGCCAAGGAUCAAAUGCCUCAAACUCCCAUUUUAAUUCUUGAAAUCUUUGAUGUUUGGGGUAUGGAUUUCAUGGGACCAUUCCCAUCCUCUUUCGGCUAUGAAUAUAUUUUAUUGGCGGUAGACUACGUGUCUAAAUGGGUGGAAGCGAUUGCAACUAGAACGGACAAUUCCAAAACAGUAGUGGAUUUCAUUCGCUCCAACAUUUUUGUGCGUUUUGCCAACGGGCAAGCGGAGGUUUCUAAUCGUGAAAUCAAAUUGAUCCUUGAGAAAACUGUAAAUUCAAACCGGAAAGAUUGGAGUACAAGGCUAGAUGAUGCCUUGUGGGCGUAUCGAACGGCAUAUAAAACACCUAUCGGUAUGUCACCUUAUCGAUUGGUGUAUGGUAAACCUUGUCAUCUACCGGUGGAGCUAGAGCAUAAGGCGUGGUGGGCUGUAAAGAAGUGUAACUUGGACACGGUUGCUGUAGGACAACAAAGAAUGCUUCAAUUGCAUGAGUUAGAAGAAAUACGCAAUGAAGCAUAUGAGAGCGCGAAAAUCUAUAAGGAGAAAACCAAAGCUUUUCAUGACAAACAUAUUCUUCGGAAGAGCUUUGUGGAAGGUCAGAAAGUCCUCAUGUAUCACUCUCGCCUUAAACUCUUUCCAGGGAAGUUGAAGUCUCGCUGGUUAGGUCCGUUCAUUGUUACCAAGGUUUUUCCUCAUGGAGCGGUCGAAGUUGUAAGCCCAAGCACGGGGAAGUCUUUCAAGGUGAAUGGCCAGAGACUGAAGCCUUAUUAUGAGUCAAUGGCCAAGGAGGAGCAAGUUCAUGUAAUGUACCUUGAAGACCCAGUUUAUGUUGAUGAAGAUUGA